UCACCACCCACCUUCCCUAGCAACCCCACAACAUUGCGACUCUACAACGCGUAACCAAACAUGGUGCUUGGAGAUGCCGAUAAGAAUGCCCCCGAGGGCUUCACAGACGAUCCUUACCCAACUUCGAAUGAUCCCUACGCAUCUUCGCCUGCCCAUCCAAACAAUGGCAAUCGUUUCGACGCGACCAAUCUUCCGCGCCCAUUACCUGUUAUAGGCACCUUCAUGGGCUUCUCUGAACGUGCCGUCCGCUUCAAAACCGAAACAACGCUCAAGUUUGCCGAGCGCAAAGUUGGCCGUCAGCUCAAUCCGGAAGAAGCGCAGGCGCUCGCAUUCCACAUCUACAAGCUUGAACAAACAAAGAGCUAUUUCGCUGCAACAGGCGCCGCGGCUGGAACGUGGCAAUGGUAUCGAACAUGGGACAAGAUGAAAUACCCAUUUUAUCAACCCAAGGUAGAGGACAUUGACGUGAAUAAGUUCGGUCCAGUCCGUGGACCAAUGGCGCAGUUUGCGCGACACACAUGGCGAUUUUGCCUCUACGUGGUCGUAGCAGGGCAAAUGGGUAGUAUAAUUGGCCAGCUCAUCGCACAACCCCUUGCAGCGGUCAAUACAGCUAAUGACCCCAAGCUGGAGCAUUUUGGGGUGGAAUUGAAGGCUUCAUCGCAUGCCGAGGGGCAGAGGAAUGCACAGCAAGGGCGUGAGAUUGAAGAACGACGUCGAGAGUUUCAAGAGCAGGUGAGGAAUCGUACAGGUGGGGGUCCAUCACCACAAGCUAGAUGGGGCAAGCAGCCUCCAGCACAACGUGACGAUGCAGCCGACGAUAUGAGUCCGACUGCCGGUAAUGAAACAUGGGGCUCUGAAUCUACUAGUUCAGAAACCUGGGAGACUUUUUCCAACAAUAGUUCAUCGCAGUCGCCUCGGCAAAGGCAGCAGGCACCGCCAUCUACAGGCUCUUGGAAUCGUCAACCUACACAGUCAUCAUCAUCUUCUCCUUCUCUAUUCGACGAUAACGACGCCUCUCCCACAGGCGGUCUGUUCCAAGACGAAGUAAAGAACCCGCAAUCCCAAUCCCAAUCAGGCGAGUCAUCCUGGGACCGUCUCCGGCGCGGCGGCCAGCCUGUACCACUGCAAAAACCACAACGGCAGUCGCCGCGAAGACCAGAACCCGAACGCAGAGAGGGAUCUACGCUAGGUGAUUCAUAUUCGUUUGUCGGUGACGAUGAAGAAAGGAGUAGGGAGCGUCAGCGUGUGCAACGGGAGUUUGAUGCCAGGAUGGAGAGGGAGAGGCAAGAGAAAGAUUUUGAUGGGGAUGAGGGGAAGAAGUGGUAGUUUUAAAUAUGUCGAUGGAUAUCUGCAAGAUUCAUUGUAACAUGAAUUUCUGACAGUUUGUCUUUUUUCUUAUCGGCCCUGGUGAAGUCAAGAAUUACUGUCAAGCUGUGUCGCGGGAUAACGAUGUAUCAGUGGAAUUUAUUGCAUGAUGUAAAAAAUUACAUGAAUCCUGUAAACAAAAAACAAGUCUAACUAUUCUUUAUCAUUAAAUGUUGAAAGCCAUAUUCGAG